UGUUGUUUACUUCCAGAAGAUUGAUUUUACGCGUUUCUUUUCGCGAACUCAUCGUCGAGUUUCGUUUGUUAUAUCGUUUUCUCGCGAACAGGUCAUUGUCGAGCUUGUUUAUAUCGCAUAUUAUAUUUGUGAUUUGUGUUACGUGGCCUGUGAUAUAUGGAUCAAUAUACGAAGGAUUUAUUGACUGCGUGGGGAUUCGCUGAUUUUAUCCCACGAUUUGAAGAGGAAACUAUUGAUGCUCGCACUCUGAGAGGCUUAAAUGAAAACGAAAUAAUUCAACUCAUUCCAAAUAUUGGGAUGAGAAGUAGAUUUCGAAAUUUACUCGAGUCAUGGAAGGCAGAUAUGAACAGUGCUGAUUUGCCUGCAGAUCAAAAUGCAUCUCUUAGUAACCUCCUCGAAGAGGCAGAAAGGAACGAGCCCUCGGUCUCAGGGGUACAAAGAACAAGCGUACCUGAAGAAUUUCCUCCCGGCAUUUGUCGCGAUUAUCUUCUAAAAACCCAAUUAGGGAGAUCGCUUUUGGCGAAAGCUAAGGAGCAAGAGAUUGUUGAGGAGGACAGAAAAAAUGCCAGCGUUUUGGUAAUCGAUGGCAUUUUAGAAAAAGAGCCUUCAAGACUUAUUCAAUCCGCCGUGUUCCAGCGCCUGGCCAACGAGCUGUGCGAGAUAUUCCCAGGAACGUCUCCUGCGUCUUUCUUUCUGACGUUUUUGCCGAAGACGCCAUUUCAACACCAGAGAAACUUAUCAGGGCCUCUCUAUAAAGCCUAUGUAAAGAAAAGGGAUAAGUUUCGAAAGAGUGGCGUGUUGCCGCCUUCAUCAAGAUCGGCGUCUUCCAGCCGGUCUUCCAGCAAAUCAACACCCACGUCGGGUAGGAGUUCUUUGAAGAGAGCAGAGGCUCCGGACCCUACGUCAUACACAGAAGAGACCAGGACAGCCUUAAACUUUUUAGAAACCAACGUCUACCCCUGGAAAGCGGUGGAGGAUUUUUGGCGAGCCACAGAAAAAGAGCGGAAGAGUAUUCUUGCCGAUGAGGGAAUAUUCAACUAUUUCCUGAAGUUUCCAGCUCUGCGAAUUCAGGAAAGAUACAGACUGCUCUUAGACGAUUUCACCAGAGAGUUUCCCGGAAAGGAGAACAAUCUCUUCGCUAAUAUUGCUCUGGCAAAAGAUAAAAUAAUAAAAUUAGCCAAACUCAAGUUAGUGAAACUCUCCGAUAAAAAGUUGAAGGAAAGCUACGAGCGCGUUCUGGAGAGUGCAAAAGGGGAGGACCCGACAAUUCGGAAUGAUGCACUUAUCCUCCUACUGCCCCUUAUUACCCCGCCGCCCGGGAACGUAGGCGGGAAGAGCGGCGCUAAAAAGACGGCAACGAAGCCGACAAACGUUGAGAUCAGGGAUCACUUCGUAACACUGAUACACAACGACGCGCACAUUCAGGAAGCAGUAAACCUAAGGAAGAAGGCUCUCCAAUCAGGAGGUGAAACAUUCAGCCGUGUGUAUUUGCCACGGGGGAAUGGAAAGUGAUUAACUCUGCAUGGGUUGUCGUCGAUGAAACAUUUUACAAAUUUAAUUCACUGAUUGAGGCAAUUGACGUAGCCUUUAAGAUAAUUUACGCUCUGCAAGCAGAGUUUCCCUUGAAAGCCAAGUCUGUUUGGAAGGUAUUGUCAUUAGCUUUCUACGACAUUGGAGACAGGAAAAGGGUAACAGCAGGUAUUUCUCAACUCCUGACAGAUUUGGGUGUUAGUAAUAAGGAGCCAGUAGCUGGGCCGUCAUCUUCAAUCUCUGCCUCAGCUGUCAUUACUCAAAGUCAGCAGUCCCUUUCCGACACACUAUCCCGCCCAUUGUCAUCAAACAACCAAUUGUUUCCUUUCGAAACACAACCCCUUUUUCAAGCUUCCUCGCUGGAGGUUAAUGAUUCUUUACCAGAGGAUUUUCUAUUGGACCCAAACGCCCAUCUCACUCAAUUAUAAUAAGAUAAGAGCAGAUUAUAUAACAAGUUAUAAUAAGAUAAGUUAUAAUAAGAUAAGUUAUAAUAAGAGUUAUAAUAAGUUCUUUUAAAAAUGUUUGUUUGCUUUUCGUGCAAAAAAAAUUACUCUGAUUGCUUAAAGCUUAUUAACCACAUCCGAAAGUUUUGUCCCUCCGACAGAGGUUAUUAUUGUGGUCAGGCAAAAUGUUUGCGGCACUACGGCACCCUUCGCAGUCUCAGAAAGCAUUUACAGAAAGCUCAUAAAGUGAAUACCGAGAGAAGUGAUCCCGAUACCACUAGUUUUCCAGAUUUAAGUGUCGAUAUUGUCAAUAAUGAUUUACAUUUACCUUUCUCUUCACCUUCCUCUCCACAAAAAAGUG